AUGGAUUCCGUCUUUGAGGUAUUUGACUCUUCGUUAUCUGACGAGGAGUUUGAAUUAAAUUUAGCUCUUGCUAUGGAAGCAGAACGUUUGGGUAAUGAAAGAGGUUCGACAUCUCGUCGUAAUUCUAUUCCGCGCCGUAUAUUCAUUCGAAGAAAUUCCCUUGAAGGCCACCAACGUCUUUUCCAAGAUUAUUUUGCUGAAUCACCCAUAUAUUCUCCGAAUCUAUUCCGUAGGAGGUUUCGAAUGCAAUGUCAUCUUUUCUUGUAUAUUCAAACUGAAGUUGAAGCAUACGAUCCAUACUUUGUCCAAAAAAGAGAUGCUGCUAAAAGACUUGGGCAUUCCUCCAUUCAAAAAAUAACUGUUGCGAUGAGAAUAUUAGCUUAUGGAGUAUAUGGUGAUUUUGUGGACGAAUACUUAAGGAUUGCAGAAAAUACAACAACUGAGUGUUUGAAGAAAUUUGUUAAGGUUGUCAUUAGCAUAUUCUCCAACGAUACUUAA